GCAGAGGUGCCGUCAACUCCUACCCGGACCCGCGACUGGCUCUGCAGUGCAGCCGAAGGGCCCAGAAAUGCUGCACGGCCCGGCCCACUCCGCAUCGCCCGCGGCCGCGGCCGCCGCCGCCGCCGGGGUUGGCGGCGGCGCGGGGCAGCCGCUGGUGGUGACACUCAACUGCCUCGAGGACCCGUCGGUGGAGCAGGAGGCGCUGGCGGGGGCGGCGGCUGUGGAGCACGCGCCGCUCUCGGCGCUCUCCGCGGGCCGCGUGGAGGCCGCCGCCGCCGUGCUCCUCCCUUCGCUCGCCUUCCUCCCUCGCGCCGCGCAGCGCCGGCUCCGGCCCUGGCAGCUGCUGCUCUGCCUCAGCUCCCCCGACCGCGCCGCGGACGCCGCCGCUGCCGCCGAGCUCGGGCUCCGCCUCGUCCAGGUCGACGCCAACCGCGCCGAGGAGGUCGCCGACACCGUCAUGGCGCUAUUCCUGGGACUCCUCCGCCGCACCCACCUGCUGUCCCGCCACGCCUCCUCCUCGGCACCCGCCGCCGGGUGGCUCGGUUCCGUCCAGCCCCUGUGCCGGGGCAUGCGGCGAUGCCGGGGGCUCGUGCUCGGAAUCGUCGGCGUCUCCGCUGCCGCGCGAUGCCUCGCCACACGCAGCCUCGCCUUCCGCAUGAGCGUCCUCUACUUCGAUCCGCUGUACGAGGCUACUGGGAAACCAAAGCGGCCAUCUAUUGUAUUUCCGUCUACUGCCAGAAGAAUGGAUACUCUCAAUGAUUUAUUGGCAGCAAGUGAUCUUGUCUCACUUCACUGUGCAUUGACAAAUGAUACAACACAUAUACUUGAUGCCGAGCGCCUGCAGCACAUAAAGCCUGGAGCUUUCAUAGUCAACACCGGUAGCUGUCAGCUCAUAGAUGACUGUGCUCUCAAAGAACUGUUGAUUGAUGGAACUAUAGCUGGAUGUGCAUUGGAUGGAGCUGAAGGUCCACAAUGGAUGGAAGCAUGGGUACGCGAGAUGCCAAAUGUAUUAAUUCUUCCUCGCAGUGCGGACUACAGUGAAGAAGUGUGGAUGGAGAUCAGAGAGAAAGCGAUCGCAAUAUUGCAGUCCUUUUUCUAUGAUGGUGUUGUUCCAAGCAAUGCUAUUUCUGAUGAAGAUAACGACGCAAGCGAAGUUGGAUGUGAAGAUGAUCAACUAGUUAAGAAAGAAAAAGAACGUGCUUUACAAGUUUGCGAUGGUGAACAGCAGACAGAAGAAAGCCAAUUAACUACAGAAACUGACAAGAGAAGAGCCAUUUCCCAGCCUGAAGAGCCUCAAGCUUCAGGACAGUCUGGCUUCAGAUCAGAAGGAAGGCGCAGCCGAUCUGGAAAGAAAGGGAAAAAGAGAUCAGCUCGCCGUAGCUCACAACAGAAAAUGGAUGAAUUGUCAACUGUAGAAGGAGGAAGUAACUAUUCCUCACGUAGAGAUGAUGAUAACCAAGUGUUAAGUUCUAGUUCACGGUUUGCUUCGCCUGAGGACUCCAAAAAUAAGCAGAAAUCUUCUGUUGAAUCUCCAAUGGAAAUAAUUUCUGAAAAUAAGUUACCUGCAGGGCUUUGUAGAAAGCCUCCUGAAAUGCUGAAAGAAGGUUUUGUUAUUGCUCUAAAGACGAGAGAUAAUUCAGGUUUUUAUGUUUCAAGAGAGAGGGUCACUGGUGGUGGAUGGUAUCUUGAUGCGGUGCCAAGCGCUACAAAGAGGGAUCCUGCCGCUCAGUUCCUAGUCACAUUCAGAAACAAGGAUACUAUGGGUUUGCGAUCUUUUGUUGCUGGAGGCAAACUAUUGCAGGCUAACAAGACCGAGUUCGUUUUUGCAAGUCAUUCUUUUGAUGUUUGGGAGAGCUGGAUGCUGGAAGGGUCCUUGUCAGAAUGUUGCAAACUGGUCAACCGCAGAAAUUCUUUGGCCGUAUUGGAGGUCUAUAUUGAGGUCCUGGCAGCUCGGAACGAAGAAGAUGGUGUCACUAGGUGGCUUGACUAAUGCAUCCGAUCUAGGGCUCUCAAAGGAACUGACUCAAUACUUAAUGUUGCCCACUUUGGUCUGCUCCCAAAUUUCUCUUGCCAAGUCUUCAGUUUUGGCUAUUCUAGAUUUCUAGCGCAGGGACCCCGCAGAGUCACUGUGAAUUGUUCAACAACCUGCUGUUGAAAGUUGCAUAAAAAAAAAUCACUAUUUAGUACGACAAACUCAGUUACUAUUCCCCAUGCACAAUCCAGGAUGGCUGUAUCCUGUAUGCAAGUGUGGAUUAUUCAACUAGUUUAUUGCCUUUUUUACUGAAA